AGGUGGCUGAGACCCCGCAGCCCCCGCCCAAGCAGCCGCCGGCAGCACCGGGAGAGCCCCGGCCGCCCUCCCGCCCCGCGGUGCCGAAGAAGGAGAAACCCUUGGAAGGUGAUGAGUCCCGAAAAGUCGUGACAAAAGUUCCCCGUCCCGAAGUCGCAGGUGCUCCUGAAGCUGUGACAUGCCAACCCCAGGUGCGAGCAGCCCUGCAGCCCCCCAGCCCCUGCACCCACCUGCUGCAGAACGGGGCUGGGAGGGGGCUGGAUCCAGGUGGUCCCAAGGGGGAGGCCGGGAACGGGGUCUUCCGCCCCCUCCCCACCUCUGCCAAGCCCCCCCGCAAGCUGCAGUCCCACCACUCCAUCAACAGCCAGAGCAGCAAGAAGAGCAAGGGCAGCUCCAAGUCAGCCUCCUCCCACAUCCCUAUUGAGGCACAAGAAGACUGCUGCGUCCACUGCAUCCUCUCCUGCCUCUUCUGCGAGUUCCUCACCCUCUGCAACAUCGUCCUGGACUGUGCCACCUGUGGCUCCUGCACCUCUGAGGAUUCCUGCAUCUGCUGCUGCUGCUGCAACUCGGGCGAGUGCGCAGACUGCGACCUCCCCUGCGACAUGGACUGCGGCAUCAUCGACGCCUGCUGCGAGUCUGCAGACUGCCUGGAGAUCUGCAUGGAGUGCUGCGGGCUCUGCUUCUCCUCCUGAGGAGCUCAGCUCAAGGGGGGAACCAUUGGGACACCCCCAAUCCCCCCCCCAGCCCCUCCUGUGCAGCCCAAGCUGGCUGUGGGGGGACAUCCCUAGGUGUGAAACCCUGAUAGACGGAGCCCGGUGAUGUUCCCUUCCCCCCCUUGCAAAUCUUGGAGCUGGUGAGGGAGGUGUGGAUCCUGCUUGGGGAAGGGUUUGUAGGGCCCUUGGGGUCUCUGGGGACAGCUGGCAUCUUGUCAUGCUCCACCUCAUCCCUGUGUUUGGGUUGGUUUGCCCAGGCUGGCAGGAGCCUUCUGAGCCCAAAGCUGGAGUGCCCAUCCCAUGCCCCAC